AUGUUAUGUAGUCUACCAUAUCACGCAUUCGUUCUCCUAACCAAGACUUUCGCCGUUUUCGAGAGGAUGUCUCAGCUUUCAUACCAUAACGACCCUGGAGCUGGUCAGAAACACAGUGAUCUCUGCCACUACUCCCAAGCUGUCAUCGUUGGCAACAUCGUUAAAUGCUCUGGUCAAGGGGGAUGGGAUCAUCAAGGAAAUCUGGGCGAGAAUAAUCCGAAUGAGCAGAUUGACCUCGCGUUUGAGAAUGUCGAUCGUGUGUUGCAGUCUGUCGAUCUACGUGGAUGGGAAGAUGUAUACCUAGUCCGGUCAUACCAUGUUGAUAUGGGCGCUUCAUUUGACCGCGUGGUGGAGAAGUUGAAGAGAAGGAUCCCAGGGCACCGUCCUGUCUGGACGGCCAUUUCUGUGCCUCGUUUAGCGUUCCCCACGAUGCUGAUCGAGAUCGAGGUGGAAGCUAUUUUCAAAGAAUAG